AUGGGUCAAUGUCUAUCCGGACAACAAUCCCGUCAAGAUGUUAACCAAACGAAUGAGUCUUCAUCAAAAUCGAUCCUAAAGUUACCCAAGUUAUAUGCUCCAAAUCCAUUGUUAACCAGAGAGGAAGUGGAAACCUCGAGAAAUGAAUUUUGGGAAACCUGCUGGGCCUAUGGAGGAUCCAGAGAAAUUUGGGAAGCACUGCGUAACAUAAUUAACUUGCUGUACGAAGGGAAUGCAGAGUCAGCAACUGAAUUGGCUUCUGCGGCCGAUUUGACAAUACCUGACAACGAUAUUGGAAAGGGAGCUUAUGAUUCAAAAGGAACUUUCUAUGAAAUACCAAAAAUCGUUGCUAGAAUUCCUAGGGCAUUUGCGGAGAAGGAAGAAUCCGAUGACGAACAAGAAACCUCCCAUAAUAGUCUUGAGAAUGGAAAAUAUUCCGAGAAAACAUGUACUGCCACGCAAGUCACCUCUGUAAGUCCUGUGGAUAAUGCUGAAAAACCAGAGCCUCUAGACUCCGUCAUAAUUCGCUAUUGCGUGGACGAAAAGGAUUACAAAAUUCAAAUCAAUGGAAAUGCUCCUUUGCUCCAAGCGAAAUCCGCAUUUCUUGAGGCUGGUUUAGAUUCGGUUCAGAGAUUAUUUUUUCUAGGUCGCAUCUUACAUUGGAAAAAAACUCUUCGUCAACAGGGCUGGUCUCCAGGUAUGGUUGUUCAGGCCAUGUAA